CACACAACAGCAGCUGACCGAGCCCGGACACAGUCAGCCUCACAACCCUCGGGAGCUACCAUGGGCCCAGAGGAGGCCGGACACCGCGGCGGAGACAUCGACCACAGCAGCGGCGGCGGCGGCCCCGGCGACUCCCAGCUGCCUCCCUGACGCGCGCCAAGCCCCCGCCGCCGCUCCAGAGAGGUACCCGGCCGGCCGACCGCACUGGCGCCAGCCCAGGCCCGCAGACCAUGGCGGGCGAGGGGUGGCGCGACGAACCGGGGCUCGAGGGGUGGGCAGCGCACGUGACGCCCAGAGCCCCGCUGCGACGAGGGAGACGCCCACUCGCCCCUCAAGAUGGCGGCGGAAGGGACGCACUCGCAUACGGAAGCCCCUCGACUCAGCGCAGUCGCCGACGGGAAGUGAGGUUCUCCGAGCUCCCGCCCCAAGUGUACGGCGACUUCGAGCCGCUUGCGUCCGCGGGAAGUGCCCGGGUGGAAAAGCGGACCCACACACAAGAGUUCCGCCCCGUGCCCGAGAAAGAGGAAGUGGAGGAGAGAGCCUAUUAUUACCUUAGGUCUCGGCAACACGGGCAUCUCUCGCGCUUGGGACCUGUGGAGAUGAAUACGAGGAGAGCCACCCGGCUCAGCAGCAGGAGGCUCGGCCCACCGCCGCAGCCCUCGCCAGCACUACGGAGAGGGCUGCGGGACCUGCGGUCUUCGGAAGGUGAGGGCGAAGGAAGCGAUCGCCGCCGCCGAGAGGAUGAAGCAUUCCAAACCAUCAUAAGCCAGACAGUCGCAAAGAAAUCGGUCAGGAAAGUACAAACGAGAAAACCAGCUAAUGAAGAUUCUGACAUUCUCUCUGACCUUCGUAGACCACCUAUUAAAAGUCCAGGAUCUGAUUACUCCUCAUUUGGGACAAAUGGAAAUACUAAAAUGAAGGAAACAGGAGUCACCAGAAUGCAGAAGGGUGAUUUAUCUGAAGAAGGGGAGACUGAAGAGGAGGAAGCAGAACACCACAACGUCUCUGACAGUGACGUGAAUCCUCCCAGCCAUAGCGAUGAGGAUUCUACUAAGUCAAGAGGCCAAGAAAUAAAACUUCCCCAUAAGCAGUCACCAUUGCUGACUUCCCAGGUUCCAUUAAAACCUCAGGAAUGGUCUGGACAGAAUGCAAGACUACGGACAAAAUCACCAACAUCUGCAGUAGACAAGAACUUUAUUCAUGAUCAUUUUUCAGAUGAUGAUAACUUCCAUAAAUCAGACCUUAGAAACAAAUCAUUAUUAUCUGUCAACCAAACAGAUCAGUCCAAAAAGAAGUCUGCUGUCGUGUGGCUGCUGAUACCAUUAGUAUUUCUUGUUCUCUCCUCAUGUAGUUUUUUCUACAUGAGAUGGACUUCAACCACAAAUGUAGAAACCACUGCUGUGCAGAAAUUCCAAAACCAGAUGAAAAAACUUAUGAAUAAGUACCGAAAUCAAGAUGAAAAGUUAUGGAAAAGGAGCCAGACGUUCCUGGAGAAACACCUGAAUAGCUCUCACCCUCGGCCUCAGCCCGCCAUCUUGUUGCUGACCGCUGCCCAGGAUGCUGAAGAAACACUUAGGUGUUUGAGUGAACAGAUUGCAGACGCCUACUCCUCCUUCUACAGGGUUCGUGCAAUUCGAAUUAAUGGGACUGGCAGAUCCACCCAAGACAGUGACAAUGUCAAGCUGGAAGUAGAUCAGAAACUGAGCAGUGGGUUCAGGAAUGGCCAGAAUGCAGCUGUGGUUCAUCGUUUUGAAUCGCUCCCCGCAGGCUCCACUCUCAUCUUUUACAAGUACUGUGAUCAUGAAAAUGCUGCCUUCAAAGAUGUGGCCCUGAUUCUUACAGUCCUGUUGGAAGAAAAGACACUAGGAACUGACUUAGGCCUAAAGGAGGUUGAAGAGAAAGUGAGGGAUUUUCUCAAGGCCAAGUUUACCAGUUCUGACAUCCCUAACUCCUAUAAUCACAUGGAUUCAGACAAACUAAGUGGACUAUGGAGCCGUAUCUCCCACCUAGUAUUACCUGUCCAACCGGAAAAUUCCUUGAAAAGUGGAGUGUGCUUAUAACUGUGGGAGAAAAGAAAAUAAGCCUCACAUCCCAAGAGCUUCUCAAAGCCCUCUGACCAAUAAUAAGAAUCAGAGCUCUUUUUGCAAGAACUAUUUUCUUUUUAAAGGAAAUUAAAGUUCUGUUGUAAACAUAGGACAUAGUGAAUGCAAAGCACUGUAAGUGUUUUUAAUUUUCUUAGUCAUCUUAAUAUGGGCUGUGAUCCUAAAGAGAAGCUUUUCUCUUUUACAUAUAGAACAGUGGAGAGUUAACUUAGAGUUGCAGGUUCCACAAAGAGUUCUCUUUGAAAACCUGGAGCAGAAUCAUCAUAGAUUUGGUCUGAGUAAUGAAUUGAUAGACUCCUUUCCCAUCAACUUUUUCAGUUUUUUAGUUUAGGUAUUUUCUUACAAAGCUUUCCCUGCCCCCUGCCCCCUGCCCCUACCUCUGCUCUUCCCACUCCCUACCCCCAAUGUUUACUCAUUGGCAUAAUGGUGUGGCAGCUCCUCACACAUAGCUAUGGGCUUUCCUGUUCCCCUUUCUUUUAGCACAUUUUAGGUGUGGAUUUACCCUUAACUAUUUCUUAGAAUAACAGAAGCACUGAAAGUUUUCAAGGGUUGGGGAAAUGGAGGGUUGGAGGGGGGGGGCUGGGAAUCUUGCACAAAAUUAAACAAUAAGCCAUUGAGACUUGGAUGAUCUAAGUGUUUAUAGCAUCCUUAUCAUCUCGAUUAAUAUUAAUAAUUCAGUCUUUCCUUUUUUAUAUAGCCAUCUUAAAAUAUUCUUCCCAUAAGAAAUUUCUGAUUCUGCAAUAAGAUUUGGAAGGCAAUGUAUAUCAUGAGACCUGAGUUCAGUCCUACCUCUUGAAGGGUGGGUGAAUUCUGGGUAAUUUCUUAACAUAUAUAUUAAAGCUUUUGAUUUAAAAAGAAAAUAAACUAAAAUUGCAGGAUCAGUAAAUAAUAUUAAUUCUCUGUAUAUUUGUUUUUAUUCUAUGUCUUUUAAUAAAAUUCCAUGAAGAAUAUGAAGAUUUACUAUGCAUAUAAGUUUAUUUUGAGUGUCUCAUGCCAAAAAGAAAAUAAAGUACCACAGAUGAAGAAUUUUUAAAUGUAUAUUAAUGUACUUAUAUAUUUCAGUUUUAUCUUUCUAUCUGUAAUUUACAGUAUUUUUGUCUCUUAAGUUGCUAUAGUUUUUCUUAGAUUCUUAUAAUUAUGGAGUAGCCUAGGGGUUGUUUUUUUGUUGUUGUUUAUGAAACUUGGAAAAUCUAUUCUUAUUUUCUUUCAGAGUUGCAGAGUUAGACAUUGGUUUUAUAACUGCCUUUGAAUCACCUAUAUUUGAUAGUAAAUGGAUAGGUGGUUCAAUUCUUCUUUGGUGAGGCUGCCUACAUUCAUAAAUCACAUCCCUAUUAAAAUGAUUUUCUGAGAAUCCAAAGUCAUUAUUUGAAUCAUUUUACAAAAAAAAUCCAAAAUAACAGGAAAUGAUAGAAAUAUUAUCAUUUUAUACAUACAAAAAAGUAUUAGAUGGGGAAGUAAAUGUUUUUAUUAAAUAUUUUGCUGACCAAAUAAUUGUAGGUGAUUAAUAUGCUACUUAUUAUACCUUUUGGAGACAUUCGUUGUAGCAGCUGAUUUGUAAAUGACUUUCAAAGCUAUUUUAGUAAUUUAAAUAAAUUUACUUUUUUGGGUUUUA